AUAUUUCACACACGUCAAAAUUCGCAACUUUUCGUCAGUAGUUCGGAAUCAAAACUUCGGAUUAGGCAGAAUCUUUCGCUCACUGCAUAGCUAUUAGUCCUAUGGCUAUGGCUGUUCUAGGCACUGGUUUCACCUUAUCUUUUUCUUCUUCUCCACUUUCUCCUUCACAUCAUCGUUUCCUUCAACCCAAAUUUCAUUGCCAAAACCCUAGUUUUCGCGUCUCGUGCUCGAUGAAAGACACAGAGACGGAUUCGAGAGCUGAAUACAAGCCUGGAAUGUUGGAUGACCUGUUCCUCAAUUUGUUCCGAAACAAAAUGGUCCAGGAAGUUGGGUGGGACUCGGAGAAGCCUGGUUACAAUGGACUAAUUGAAGUCGCAAACCAUCUCAUGACUGGUAGAAGCAAUUCUGAAACUAAAGAAGCAGCGGUCCGGAUAUUAAAAUCAUUGUUUCCUCCGUUUUUAUUGGAGCUCUACCGAAUCCUUAUAACACCUAUAGGAGGAGGGAAAGUGUCUGCCAUGAUGGUUGCAAGGGUGACUGCAUUAUCUUGUCAAUGGCUCAUGGGCCCAUGCACAGUUAACUCAGUAGAUCUUCCCGACGGAUCCUCGUGCAAAACUGGGGUGUUUGUAGAAAGAUGCAAGUACUUGGAGGAAAGCAAAUGUGUAGGAAUUUGUAUCAACACAUGUAAGCUUCCCACGCAGACUUUCUUCAAGGAUUACAUGGGAGUUCCUUUAUUGAUGGAGCCGAACUUCAGUGAUUAUAGCUGUCAGUCUAUCACACCAAAACCACUUGAAGUGUACAGUGGACGCCCACAAAAAGCAUCCCACCAAUUAUCUACUUUUAUCGAGGUCUCUCCUUUUGUUGCUGAUCUUCCUAUUGCAUUUUGCAAAGUUGUCUCUGCUACUCUUGUUCCCAAGACUUUGCAUGAUGUUCUUUCUAAUCCAGAUUGGCGAAAAGCAAUGGUAAAUGAAAUGGAUGCCCUUCAUCGUAAUUGAACAUGGGAUCUUGUUCCCUUACCUCCUGGUUCCAAACCGGUUGGUUGUGAGUGGGUUUUCACUAUCAAAUAUCGUCAUGGUGGCUCUAUUGAGCAGUUCAAAGCAAAAGGGUAAACCCAGACCUAUGGUGUUGGCUAUGAUGAGAUUUUUUCCCCUGUUGCUAAGAUUUCCUCUAUCCGUGUCCUUAUUUUACUUGCUACCAAUUGUCAAUGGCCGUUGUUUUAAUUGGAUGUUAAAAAUGCCUUUUUGCAUGGUGACUUGACUGAAGAAGUUUAUAUGGAGCAAUCACCUGGGUGUGUU